AUGAAUGGUCGAUUCCUUCAGAAACUGAAGAAGAAAGUAGCCGAGAGGAGGGUAAGAAUCUAUGAAAAUGCAUGUGUGACCGACAAGGCUACAUGUGGAUGCUGCAUGAUGCAGCAACAGAUACACAGGAUGAAGACGUUCUUCAACAUGAGCCUCAACCAGCUGGAGAUGGAAUUAGAAAGAACAAAAAACAUCCUCAACAAUAUUAGAGCGAGCCGCAGUGCCUUCUCUGUUGCUCUAACUAACAGUGACUCUAUGAGCUGUUUUGGACCAUUUCGUGAUGACACGCUCAUCACCUAUAAGCAUAUUUUCAUCAAUUUGGGAAUGGGUUACAAUGCAAACACUGGAAUCUUCACUGUUCCUCGUGAUGGCGUAUACAGCCUUGCCCUGACUGUCUACAGCGAUGCCGGUUCCCCCGGUAACAGCCUGGCUGCUUGCGGCAGUCUGCAAGUCAAUGGUCAAGUGGUGGCAGGCCCAAAAGAUAAAAAUAAGCAAGACCAAGAAGAUAGUGCUUCAAUUGUUGUGGCCCUCCAUCUGACGGCUGGUGACAAGGUGGCCGUUAAUCUACCCAUCGGGUGCUUCCUUUGUGAUGACAAAAGUCACUACAAUACUUUUACUGGCAUUCUUCUAUAUUCGACUGACUAA